AUGGCUUCUCCGUCUUCUUGCUCCCAAAAUGAAUUUAACCAGUUUCACAACAUCGACCGCAUUCUCUUCACCCGGCUCUUGGUGUCUCUUGGCCGCGAACCCAACGAGGCCAUGCAGGUCAUGGCAUACCUCAUUUGGCUGGAGAAGAUGAGCAAGGAUUUCAGGCUCGUGUCCAAGCUCCUCAGUGCUUCUGAUUCAUUACUUCGUGACCUCGUAAAUGAGGUCGUCUUGGCCUUGAGCUGCAUCGAGGGCGACCAAUUCCCUCAUGACUCCAACCUCAUCAAAGACUUGCGUUUAACCCAGAGUAUCACUCAGAGGAGCGUCACCAUCCGUUACUUGCUCCAAAACCGUGAGCCCAUAGUCCAUGCCAUCACCAAAAUAAUCAACGACGUCUGCAUCAGAGCCUUCACCGACAUAGUGCAGAAAGUGGGAAGUGAGAAGGCUAUGAUAAGGCGGAGCCAGAUAAAUCCGGGGGUGCAACCUGCUUAUUAUGACUCUACUCGUCAUGCUGUGCAGCCCCGACACAACACUAUUGCUCAGUAUGAGUCUCAGAAUGAUGAGGUGAGUAAGAUGUUAAAGAGGUUGGAGCUGAGUAUUACUAGUGCGGGAAGGAAUGUGCCCCCUGAUGAAAGGACCAUCUUUUUGACUUUCUCAAAAGGGUACCCUAUUUCUGAGGCUGAGGUCCGAGACUACUUCUCAAGAAGAUAUGGAGAUAUGAUAGAAGAAGUAUGUAUGCAAGAAGUGGAAAUGAUGGAGCAACCUCUAUAUGCUCGGCUGGUUGUGCGUGGGAAUGCCAUAGAUUUGAUAGAUGCGGUGCUGGAAGGCAAAGGCAAAGUGAAGUUCAGCAUCAAUGGAAAGCAUGUUUGGGCCAGAAAGUAUAUUCGCAAGACCAAAUCUCCGCCAACUUCCCCUUCUUAUUCAUCUUCACCCUCCCUACCUACCCACAUCUAG